AUGGAAGAGGCCUAUGAUGAUGUCAAAACUAAACAUCAUAAAAUCAGAAGUGCAGCAAAAAUUCAUAACAUUCCAGAAUCAACUCUAAGGUACAGACUUAAACAUCCAGAAGGGACAGAUGUAAAAAAAAAAGGCGGCCCUACAAUUUUCUCUAGAAAGCAGGAAGAACUUCUUGCAGAUCACUGCAUUGGAAUGGCCCAUUUAGGCUAUGGAUUUACCAGAUGGCAAAUUAUUGAGAUGGCAAAGAAUAUGUGUGAGGUUGUUGGGAAGGAAAAUAUUGAGCCUACAAAGCAUUGGUUUUAUGGUUUUCUAGUGCGUUUUCCCGAGUUGUCGAUGGUGAAGCCAAAGAAAAGAGAAGUUGUAAGGGACAAGGCAGUGACAAGUGAUAUACUGUGCACAUAUUUUGCUGAGCUGAAGUUGAUCCUAGACAAAUAUCAGAUCAUGAACAAAGCAGAGCAAAUCUGGAACGUUGAUGAGUCUGGGAUAUCUUUAGACCACACUCCACCUAAAGUCCUAGCAAGAGCUGGAACAAAUCCAUAUGCUGUUACUCAAGGCAAAUCGGCGAAUACGACCCUGAUAGCUGCUGGAAGUGCCAUUGGCGAGACGACACCACCGUAUAUCAUUUUUAAAGGAGAACGUCUGUCAAAAGAAAUGAGAUCGAGUGGCAUUCAGGGUACUGAAUAUCGUGUUUCUCCCACUGGAUGGUCGAAUUCUGUGUUAUUUUUUGAUUUUUUCAAGAACCACUUCUUGAAACAUGUUACAAUACGGCCUUGUAUUCUUCUUUACGAUGGACAUUCCACACAUAUCAAUAUUGAUGUCAUUGAGGCAGCAAGAGAGGAGGAUGUGCACCUAUUUGUACUCCCUCCACACAACAGUCACUGUUCGCAGCCACUGGAUUUUGCUGGUUUUAGUCCUCUAAAAUGCAGCCUUAAUGCACAGAUUCAUAAGUUCUUACACAGUAAUCCAAAUUCUGUCAUAACCCCAAAGGAUUUGCCCAGUUUAAUUGGCACUGCGUACAAAAGUGCAUUGACUGAAAAGUCAUCUGAAUACAGCACGAGGUUGUCAGAGAAAGGAGAAACUAAAAAGAAAAGAAAGGCGUUUGUACCACCUUAUGGAUGUGCGAUUACUGAGGAUGAAUCCUACCAAAAAAAGAAAGAGAUGCAAAAGAGAAGUGGAAAUGAAAAGGUUAACAUAUCAGAAACAGACAACGUAAAACACACUAGUACGGCAAAAAGAAAGUCAUUUAAACCACCAUUGAAAGAACAAAUUUGCAAAGAGAAUCAGGGAGAAGAUGUAAGUGACCCCAAGAAACCCAAGACUACAACAGGCAAAUUGAUAGGUAAAGGAAAGGGACCACAUAAGAACUCACGAAAAGGUAAAAAGACUUCGGGAAAAAAAAGAGCAAAGGGCAAAUGA